AUGAAGGUGCAGCAAAACGCAGUGAAUGUUUUGGAACGUACUUCGUCGUAUUUGAAAGCGGGGCUGUUAAAAAACACCCCAGCUUGGUACAAUGUGGUUGCUGAUGUUCCGCCUUCCAAACGUUUUGUACGCGAACCUCGUUUGGUGAAUCCCGCUAAUGGUUUGAGAACAGCUCAUCUGUCUGAUUUUGACGAAGCCUUCAAUUCUCAAAGCGGGGCGUACAAGACUCGAGCCAGUCGUGCAGACAAGCAGGGAUCUGGAAAUAAGCUGUAUAAGGCACCAAAACUGAAAUAUGCCGAGGACAAGCUACGCGAAUUGUUUUAUGAACAGCACCCAUGGGAACGCUCAAGGCCUAAGAUGCUUGUGGAAAAUACGGGUGUGCAAAACUAUGACUGGAGCACUCUUCAUCAGUUGGGAAAACCUUUAGACGGCGAAAGCGUUGUUCAAAGAACGCUGCAUCUCUUACAGACCAAAACUCACAGCGAGCUUCUGGCAGCAUACGAACAGGCGAGGUUCGAAUUCUAUCGUCUGAGAAUACAAGAAGAAGUACAAACGCAGGUGGCCCAAGAAGAGGCAGAAAUGUUUGGUAGUGUUUUCGGACCUUCUGCUAUAGACUUUGGUUUACAGAAAGAACAAAAAAUCAUUGAUAUCUGGAAACAAAAGGCCAUUGACCAAUCCGAACUUCUUUCAGCUAGAAAUUCCAACCCUGCUGAGUCGUGGUCCAGCUCUCAAACGCAGUCAGACGCUGAUUCGAAGACACCAGAGAAGCAAGAAAUACAACUGUGA